CAAUUUGUAUUAUAGCCUUUUUUUCUCUCUCUCUGUUUUUGCUUGGUUGCUGUCUGCGCAGCCGUAGCAUCUUGCUUUCCGUUACCUUUCCACAUGAAUAAAGUAGAGUUAUUCCUUGGUGUAUCUGGACGGAAAGGCAGGCUGAGCUGUUCAAGGUUCAGAUGGUUAAUUAAGCUAGUGUCGAGAUUAUACGCUGUGACUGUCUGAGCUCUAUCCAAUUUCUUGAUGAAUUAGUCACUCCAUCCAGUGGCAGUUGUGAGCUCUUUUUUUUAAUGGUUUCAGCAAUGCUUUUUGGCCUGUCCUCAUCCAGAUAAUUAACAUGUAGAAGCAGAGAUGAGGACACUGAAGAAAAGAUGGCGGAGCGUUCAGAGAACGCGGCGGGGGAAAUGAUGAGCAACAUCAUGGACGCCAUCGCCGAGAACCUCCCGAGCAAGAAGUCUGUCAGGUUCGACGACGGCGAGGGCUCCAUCUCCGACCAGGCCCGGAAGCUGUUGGGCGGCAAGAAGUCCGUCCACCACGUCCUGGGCGGCGGGAAGUCCGCCGACGUGCUGCUGUGGCGGAACAAGAAGAUCUCGUCGAGCGUGCUGGGCGUGGCGACGCUGGCCUGGGUCUUCUUCGAGUGGCUCGACUACCACCUGCUCACCAUCGCCAGCUUCGCGCUCGUGCUCGGCAUGGCCGUGCAGCUCGCCUGGUCUGCCCUCGCCUCGAACGUGCCCCGCCUCGAGGUGCCGGAGGAGCUGUUCGCGGACGCCGGCAGGGCCGCCGGCGCGCAGGUGAACCGGGCCCUCGGCGCGCUCCAGGACAUCUCCUGCGGGCGAGACCUGAGGCGGUUCCUCAUUGCGAUCGCCGUGUUCUUCGUGGUCGCCGUCGUCGGGAGCUUCUGCAACCUGCUGACGGUCAUCUACAUCGGGUUCGUGUGCGCGCACACACUGCCGGUGCUGUACGAGAAGUACCAGGACCAGGUGGACGAGUUCCUGUGCAACAUGCUGGGCCUGCUCCAGAACCAGUACCAGAAGCUCGGCAGCAAGGGCGUCUUCAGCAAAGGGAAGGCCAGGAAGAGCGACUAGUUCGAUCUCUGCUGGCUGCUGCUUGUGUACAUAGUUAGCCUCAUUGCGUGUAUGCAAUCAGCUGCGAUUGCCUGAACAGCGGGUGUCUCCGUUUAUUUCUGCCAACUCGGUGUCCUGUACAGUGCUGAAAGAACUACCAUUCUUGUGUAAUGCAAAUAAUGCUUAGUAGCUUCGAACAGCACAUUAAACGAGGUUCAGACGGUUCAUCUUUUU